AUAAUAGAUUAUUAUUAUUGUUAAAUAAUAAUAAGAUUUGUAAAAAACUCCGCUCGAGAACUCGUAUUCAAACGUGAAGACGCGAUCGGGUGCCGACGCCGGAAGGCAUCAUCCGAGGAAUGCCGGCCGCCUCCGAUCCAUCAUCGCCGAAAAUGGCGGAGGAUGUAGCGGGAGAUGGGAAGGAGGUGGAUCCGGCGCCGGAGAAGAAGAAGCGGCGGCCGAGGGGUUUCCUAUCGCGGGUGUGGAGUGGAGUAUUCGGGGGGAGGAGCGAGGACUAUGAGAAGAGGCUGCAGUACCUCUCUAAGGAGGAGGCUUUGGUGAUGUCCCGGAUGCAACGGAGAGCUCGGACGUCCAAGAAGAGGGCUCGGAAUCUCAUCCUUAUGACGAUUCUCAUUGAGCUUGUAUUCAUAGGAUAUGCUUUCAUAUCAGUAAGAGGAGUGGAUCAAAGUUGGCAGAUGAAGGCAGUCCAAGUGUUGCCAGUUUUUGUGGUACCUGCCUUGGGUUUUGCUGCAUAUACAGGAUUUGUUAGCUUCGUUAGAAUGAGAGAUCAGAAGGACCAGAAAACACUUGAAAGGCUCCGUGCUGAACGGAAGGCAAAGAUUGAUGAGCUCAAAGAGAGAACAAAUUAUUACUCGACACAGCAACUUAUUCAGAGAUAUGACCUUGAUCCUGCUGCCAAGGCAGCCGCAGCUACUGUUCUGGCAUCUAAGCUGGGGGCAGAUUCUGGUUUGAAUUUCUUGGUUGGAGAUGAGAAAAACCCUACCGCACCAAUGGGAAAAAGCAAUGAUGCUGAGUUGCUGCAGUCUACUGGACUCCGGAAUAGGAAACCAUCCAACAUCAAAACCCAUAGCCCCAGGAGCACUGGAAACACACAACUUGCUGAUGAAACAACAAAUGUACACAACACCGAAGGCAAGGAAGGUACUGUUUAUCAGCAAAAAAUUGUCGAACAUUACACCGGUUCUCCUAAAGACAGUGGUCUUUUCUCUGGCUUGCUUAACUUUCUUGUGGGUGAUGAUCCAACACACUCCUUUGCGCUAAUAUGCGGCAACUGCCACAUGCAUAACGGACUAGCAAGGAAGGAAGACUUUCCAUACAUGACUUACUACUGCCCUCACUGCCAUGCAUUGAAUGUAUCUCAGCUGCAACCAGAAGGGCGCGAAUCAGGCUCUAGUUCGGGAAGAACAAGUCCUUUAGGUGAUGGAGUUAGUGCCGCCAAUGCAGGCGAUACGAUCACUGACACUACCAUUCAAGAGCCACCGUCAGGCGCUAACGAAGAUAAAUGAAAGCUUGAAUAACAUGAAGAUCUGAGCAUUUUCUUUUAGGUUUUCAUUUGUUAACACACAUCCUGUGUGCUUGAAAAGUUUCUCAAUUCGAAAUGGUAAUGUGACAGUGUUUUUGUUUUUGUUUUUGUUUUUGUUUUUGUUUUUUUUUUCACUCAGGCAAUGUGAGAUGCCAGCAAAUAGAGGAAAUGAAAUUGAUGCUGUAAUUUUGUUACUCUUGUAAUCCAGUGAGAAUCAAAGGUAGCAAUCAGGUGUAUUUCAUCAA